GAUAAUAAUAAGAGAACCACAACACCCAAUCACAGACUGAUGGACGAAGAAGAUCUUUGAAAAACCCCUCUACUUUUUGCUUCUAUUUCACCGAUCUCUCCCCGUUAAUUCAAUUCCUCAGUUGCUGAAAACUUGAAAAAUGCUUAUGGUAGAACCUGCCGCCGUCGCCGUCCGUUUCCCCGCCGGUAACUUCAACCGCACCUCCCGCUGGUUUUCUCACUCCGCCAGUUUCUUCAUCCCUCGGAAUAAGAUAAGGAGGUUGACGACGGAGUAUUGUGGUGGCAGAAUAAGAACGGGUAAGGGAAAAGGUGGGAUUAAAGCAAGUGCGAGAGAUCAGCCUAGUGCGAGUUCUGGACCAGUGAAACAGAAUGCGAAGCCAUCCAGGUAUCAUCCGUUUGAAGACAUUUCGGAUUCGGAAAAUGGGGAGAAUGAGGAAGCUCAAUUGUCACCAGCUGAAACUGCUAGAACAAUCAUUGAGGUAAACAGCAAAGCAACACUCAUGUUUUCAGGUGUGGUCAACAAUGAAGUACAGGAGAACAUUUUCUGGCCAGACUUGCCUUAUAUAACUGAUGAACUUGGAAACAUCUACUUUCAAGUGAAGAAUGAUGAAGACAUCCUGCAAACUCUGACAGCCGAAGAAAACGUUGUGCAAGUAAUUAUUGGCCUAGAUACUGCUGAAAUGCUCAGUGAACUAGAAUCAUUUGGUCAAUCUGAAGUUGAUUAUGGCAUAGAUGAUUUUGACGAUGAGGACAGUGAUAUUGAUGACGAAGAUGACCUCGAUGAAGAUGACAAUGAUGAUGGUGACAGUGACGAGGAUUGGGUUGCCAUUGUUGAUGAUGAAGAUCAGGAUGGGGAUUCUGAUGGGUCAUUGGGGGAUUGGGCUAAAUUAGAAACGAUGCGCUCUUCUCAUCCAAUGUAUUUUGCCAAAAAGAUCGCUGAGGUUGUGACAGAUGACCCCAUAGAUUUCAUGGACCAGCCUCCUGCAGGUCUUGCUAUACAAGGCCUUCUAAGGCCAUCCUUCCUGGAAGAGCACACUACGAUUCAAAAGCAGAUAUCUGAAGAUACAUUGAGUGACGCGGACUUAAACCGGAUAGAAAAAGAUGAUGACCACAAAGAAAAGGGUGGUGUUCAAAUAAAUGGCCACAAACAUGAGAUUGGAUCAUCACAAGAGAACCCAAGUUGGGAAGAAUUGGAAAAGGAUGAGAACUUAGGAAAUGGAACUUCAUUUUACAAGCUAGAGAUGAUCAGAAUUCAGUUAAUUUCUUCCAAUGGGAAUCAGAUCUUUGUUGAGUUAGAUGAUUUUAGGAGAGCUAGGUCUGAUGCAAUUGUACAUUCAGCUGCCAAAAUAAUAUCUCGGCUUAAAGCUGCUGGACAGAAGACUAUGCAGGCUCUUAGAUCUCUCUGUUGGAGAUGCAAGGGAAUUCAAGUGGAGGAGGUGUCUCUGAUUGGUGUGGACAGCCUUGGUUUUGACUUGAGAGUUUGCGCUGGGACACAAGUCCAAACACUUCGGUUUUCAUUUAGAAAGCGGGCCUCAUCAGAGUAUAGUGCUGAAAGACAACUUAAUGAUCUACUGUUUCCCAGGAUCCACCACAAGUCGCGCCAAAAGAAAGAAAGUCAGCAAGCUGAAUCAUGAAAAGCUGAAGACACAAGUCUAUUUAUUCUCUAGAUCUUGUUGUACUACUUCUGUCUCAGAAUUGUACAUAGCAUGUAGUGAGUGUUUGAUCGAUUACAUCAUAUUUAUUUCAGUGAAGAGUCAUAAUUACUCAAUUUUAAUAUGAACUCGACUUUGUACAGCUUAAUUCCCAU